AUGGAACGACAAAUAAUAUACCACACGCGCUCCCUGUCGCAGAGCCUCAUCUUCUCCACCACACGCCGCUCCUCUGCCCUCGCAUCCUCCCGCCCCGCCGCAUCACCGCGAUCAUGCACGUCCAGCCUGCGCUCCCAGGCCCGCCGCAUACAUAACACGCGGCCAGUGCUCAUGCAAUCCAAGCCCCCCAAGUCGCGCGACCGCGGCCCUAAGAGCGAAGAAGACACGCAAACUGACUUUGGCGCGCUCGAUGUCUUGCGCAACACGGCAGCGCCCGCAACAAGCAUCGAUGCGACCACGAGCGACGGGUUUGCGCUGAACAACCAGAUGCGCGUUAGCGGCUGCGGACUGCUACUUGUGGGCGGCGAAGCGUUCAGGUGGCGGCCGUGGGUGCAAGCAGAGCGCAAGGAAGGCACCGUUGCGGAAGGCGGCUUAGGCGAUGAUGCCAUGACAGGGCGGCUGACGAAUGCAAAGGGCCAGUGGGAGGUACAUGAGGGUGCGUGGGGGGUGCUGGAGCUAGUGUGGCCGAAGCCCGAUUUACUGAUUAUUGGCACUGGGCCGAGUGUUAUGCCGCUUGCACCUGCUGUGCGAAAGUACCUGAACGAUCUUGGUAUUCGGCUAGAGGUCCAGGAUACGCGGAAUGCGUCGGCGCAGUUCAAUCUGCUGGCGACUGAGCGCGGCGUUGGACAGGUUGCGGCGGCGUUGAUCCCUACAGGGUGGCGGGAUGGAAGAGGCAUUGACGUUGACUGA